UUUUUGAAAUGCCUAUUACCGUUGAGUUUAAUUUUGUAAAUAUAAAAGCUUUACGGUAAAAUUUACUUAAAAUUUUAAUAUUAUUGCAGUACGUUUCUAAGGUGUGUCCGGUUUUUCAUAUCAAAUGUAAAAUUGAAGUAAAAUGGUGCUUCAAAACAUUAUAACGUCGACCCCACUAAACACCAGGAAAAGCCUUGGCGGGAGUUUAAUUAGGCGACGAAGUCUUAAUCCUCAUAGUAGAAUUAGUGAUGUCCGUUAUCAGGAAAGCAAUGAUGAUGACGCGGAAAGGUCGUCUUUGGUGGCUUCAGAGAAAGCAGUGGCACCAUCUACUCCUCAAGGAUCACCUAGAAGGACUAGAGAAACUAUGACAUCAUCCCCUAUGAAAGAACAUUUUCAAGGCUGUCUCAAAUUAUAUGCAGAGAAUAAAAUCAAUAAAGACAAUGCAUGGAAUCUUCAAUUGAUUGAUUUUAUGACAACUAUGUUGCACCGGCAUGAUUCAAGGAUGGAUAACUUUCAAACAGCUUCCACAUUGGUUGAUGCAUCUUCCAGAAUUUACUCAUUCAGAGUGGAUGCUGUCCACUAUGAUGCUUUGAAAGUAGCUGGAGGCUUAAGUAAAGCGGCACAGAGUAAGCGAGGUAAGAAAGAUGACAUGGAAACGCAAGAGGAGGGCAUGGAAGAUGGAAAUGCAGCUGCACCUAAGAAAAAGAAGAAAAAAUCUAAAGGUGUUAUUGUGGCCAACCCUGAAAUGUUAAAUGGAGAUUUCGAGGCAAAUGAUUGUGUUGAUCCAUUCUUCGAAAGAUUGGCGGCUACUAGUGGUGAUGUGACAUCCUCAAAUAGAGCAUUCAAUGCAACUUUACCUGUUCAUGAUCGCACGCUGGCGUUGAUGUUGAGAACGGAUUUACCAUUUUUAAAAUCUGAUAAAGAAAACAUUCCCAGUAAUGUGAACUGGAACGAGAAAUAUAGAAUACCCAAGAAGUUACUCCCACCCUGGAGAAAGGAGGAUCAUAUUUGCGAACCGUUCGCCGGAUUUUCUAUGAAUAAUUGGGAUCCAGAUACCGAAGAUACCGAAACUCGGGUUAAUAACUGGGUGGAAGACAAUAGGUUGAACCUAUCCCAACAAGCGCUGGCAAUUGAUGUUAAUGCAGAGGUGGAGCCCAUACCGAUGGAUGAACCGAAUAACGAUCUGUUAGAGGACGAGCCCCUCGGCGGCCUCGAGAGCGAAGAGGAAGCGGAUGUAGCUGUUGCAGCGUGUGUCGCGCGACUUCCGCCGACGAGUGUCGCGCGUCUCACGGAUAUGAGGCCAACGUUGCCUCACCACUCCAGGCUGGAGUACUCCUACUGUGCCAUACGGACGGCCUGGGCUGGGCCAUCGCAUUGGAGGCUGAAGACCAAUAGAGCAUCAAAACCGGACCGCACCCACUCAAUAGCCGCUCGGGUUACGGUGGAAAACAAGAAGGCGCGGACAAAACGACAGCUCGACUUCAUGGGAGCGGGUCUCGCGUUCGAUUCCACUGAGAAACCGGCCGAGGAAUAUGAACCGGCUCAACCUGCGAAGAUAGCCAUCAGCAGGAAGACAUUAGCGACUGGGCAUACGUGGAACGAAGCCAAUUUUAAGACUCCUGUAGAUCGAGGCCUCGACGAGACCCACUUCCUGAAGCUGUGCCUCCGUAGGAACGUGAUGCUGUUAAACAAGCGUCACGUGGAGCAAAGCAAAGCGCAGGAGCCCCUCACGGUGGAGCAACGCGAUUAUGACUACGACAACGAGAACGACGCCUCGUACUGCACUCAGGCUGUGCCCGAAACCAAUGAAUGGGGAAACGAAGAUGGCUUAGCGGCGGGCAGUCCUCACGCGCAGGCUCCCUUCGAGGACAAUGGGGAACUUGGGGAAAUGCUCGAACCACCCAUGAAGAUACCAAAAAUCUUCAUACCCUACGCAAUGAGAGCGAAAAAAGUCGACAUGAAACAAUUAAAACACUGUACGUGGAAAAUGCUGACGCAUCAAACGCCGACCGGCGAAAAGGAAGAUGUCUCCGAAACUACCUUCUUCUCCCUAUAUUCGAAACUACCCGCAAAAUUAUCAAACAAUAUGCGCGAAUCUCUCAGCGUACCGCUUGCAUUAUUAUCAGUACUACAUUUGGCGAAUGAAAAGGGACUAGUGUUAGAAAAAAGUGACGACAACAAAGACUUUAACAUCCUUGGCUUAAUACCGGAAAAAUAAUUUGAGGAUAGCGUUUUGCUGUUUUUAUUUCUGUUGACAGGUUAAAUAUCCAGAAAUAAUCUGGUAAUUUCCUUUCUAUUCGGUAUUGUCUUUGGUUUACUCGAGUACUACACUUUAAUAAAGUAUUGUUUGUCGGAUAUAAACGCGAAUUAAGUUUUCAAAGUUGCGUGUAUAUCCGUUUAAGAAAUUACAUACAAUCCAUCGACUCGUACCAUGAAUAUGCUAUACGCGUAUGUCCGAUACGUAAACAAACACACUACUUAUACUCACUAGAAUUUAAUAUUAGUAUAGAUUAAGAUUAAAACAAUAUACAACGUUAUCCUUUUCUAUACAAAAAUAAUAAACAAAUUCAUGGUAUGUGUUGUGGGUAGUCCUUAAAACAAUCCGUGUGUUACCGUCUUUUUUCUCAAAAUGUAUAAAGCUGAGAUUAGAUUAGAGCCGUUAGAUCAGAAGUUAGUUUUUAUUGAUUAAAAGUUUUGUAAUUGCUGUAUUUUUUUUAGUUUAAUGUACCAGGUGUAGUA